AUGAGACUAAGUGGCCACCCCAACUGCACCAGGAGAAAGAUGCCGGCCAACUACAACGAAAUAAGGAAAGUGUAUAACUACUACAUUAGGGAGUACUACUACCAGAAGUCCAAGGGAACCUACUUCGUUCACAUUAAGAAGCCUGGGAUUUUAUUUACGUCCUUAAAAUUUUACAAAAAAAAAAAAACCCUCUUUCCAAAUGUGUAUGACUGGUACUUCGAUAAUUUAAGUUAUAUGAAAAAAAAUAAAGACAUUUUAAAGUGCAAAAAUCCUUACAGUACAAAAAAUAUAUACUCUUACAGAAUAAGCAAAACGGAGUGGGAACAGCAUGACGUGGAUAGUGGCAAUAUUUAUACAAAUGAAUCGGAGGAAGACCUGGAAUGUACCUAUAGAACGAGCAACUUGUACUAUAACAUGCACCCCGUGUACUUGUCUAAAAUUUGCCUCUACGACUUAAAUGAUCAUCACAUAUUAUUUUCGAACAACUACUAUGAUGCCUUCAUGCAAUUUUAUUACAGCAUUGUUUCGUACAAAAUGGAUUUAAAUAAUCUGCAAAUUUUCCCAAACUUAAGGAUCCUCAUAAGUCACAUUAAAAACAUAAGUAAUAUAAUUAACGACGAAUUGGUUAAGCGUGCCUUUGUGUAUUUUAUUAGACAGAAAAAAACGUUCGAUGCAGAGUAUCUCUGCGGGAUACUUAAAAGCAUCUACUCAACGAUGCUGCACAACUGUCCAUUGUAUUUGUUCCUGGACAAUGUUAAUCAGUUCAAGGUCGUUCUUAGCCUUGUGGGUUCAACGGGAGAAGUGCAAAACCUUUUUGAGAGCGCCCUGCCGUACCCCUACUAUUUAGUACUGGAUGAAAGCGUGAACAUUUAUAACCUGCAAAGUUUCAACAUUUAUUUAAAAAAAGUUUUGGAGGCGAAAUUGAAAGCGCCAUUUUCUGGUGACCCACCGGAGGGCAUUUCGCCCUCCGCUCAGGUGGACAUGUACCAAAAUGGUCGGUGUUCAGAUAGAAAUUCUGAUAAUUCUACCAACGGAGGAAUACCUAAUGGAACUAGUCAUUCCAAUAAGGAUGGAGUACACAGUGAACCUUUCGCAAAAUCGGAGGAAGAAAAAUCACAGCGGGUUGAAAAUGUGCGGGGAAAACAAAUUUACUUCUUUAAGCUGAUAAAAAUAUUUGACAUGAAGCCGAAUCAUCGCUUUGUCCAAAGGGGUGCGAAAUAG